AUGACAUCCACAAACACCACAAUCCCCUCCUACGACACCUGCAAAUCCCUCUCCCCAACCUGUUCCAUCGAAUACACCUUCUACGGCACCCCCCUCUCCAAACCCGCCCCAACCUUCUUCUUCAUCACCUUCGCCCUCCUCCUCCACCUCCAGCUCUACCACGGCAUCAAAUCCCGCACCUGGUCCUACGCCCUCUGGCUCGGCAUCGACACCCUCUUCGAGUGCCUCGGCUACUUCGCCCGCGCCAAACUCGCAGAGAACCCCUGGUCCAUGAAUGCCGUCAUGCUCCAGAUCCUCACCCUCCUCCUCGCGCCCACCCUCGUCGCCGCGGCGAUUUCCGUCACGUUCGAGUACCUCGUCAUAUGGUACGGCUCCCAGUGGUCCGUGAUGCGCCCGUCGCUGUACCCCUGGGUCUUUGUCGGUUCGGAUUUCGUGUCGAUUGUGGUGCAGGUUAUCGGGGGCGGGGCGAUGGCGGCUGGUGCUACGGGGAAUCGUAACGAAACGGUGGUGAAGAUUGCGGAGAAGGCUAUUUUGGGCGGGGUGGCGUUCCAGGUUGGGAAUAUGGUUGUUUGCGCGAGUUUGAUGAUGGUGUAUGUUGCGAGACGCAAGUCUGCGCUUAAGAGGGGUGGUGAUGGGCUUAUUUUUGUUGCGGCUCCCCAUCCGCAAGCAGAUGAUGAUGAUGUUAGGCUUGUGGCACCGGCUCGUGAGAAUGGCGGUACGCCGAUGUCUAGGGCGUUGGCGACGCCCCAGCGGGCGGGGAGAGCUCGCACUUUCGCGUACGCGCUGGGAGUUGCCUACGUCGCCAUUAUCAUCCGCUGCGCUUAUAGAAUCACCGAAAACGUACCUGCGAUAUCCAAGGAGAUUAUGCGCAACGAGCCGAUGUUUCUCGGUCUGGACGGGGCAAUGUUGUUGAUUGCGAUUGGCGCCGUCACGUUGGUCCAUCCAGGCGUCUUCUCCCCGUUCUUGAGUGAGAAGCCCCAAACGAAUAAGGGCGACAGUCGUGGCGGGGACUACCAGAUGAGGAACAUGAAGUGA